CCAAGAUGGCGGCGAGGUGCUCCUCACGCUGGUUGUCGCUGGCUGUGGGGAACCCCCGGCUGCCGGCUGCUGCGGGGAAGGGGGUUCGGGCACCCUGGGAGGACACCGUAGUGGUUUCUCUGGGCCGUAGGCUAAGCCAUGCAGCCAUCUCGCCUCGUUUGGGAGUCUGCGCCCCAGGGAGACUCCUGACAUUGAGACCCAGCGUCAGCCUCUCAGGAAUAAAGUUUUACCCUUUAAUUUGUACUGCUUCAUUUCACACGAGUUCCCCUUCCUCAGCCAAAGAUGAUUAUUACCAGAUCUUAGGAGUACCCCGAACUGCCAGCCAGAAAGAGAUCAAGAAAGCCUAUUACCAGCUUGCCAAGAAAUACCACCCUGACACGAAUAAGGAUGAUCCUAAGGCUAAAGAAAAGUUCUCACAGUUAGCAGAAGCCUAUGAGGUGUUAAGUGAUGAAGUGAAGCGAAAACAGUAUGAUACUUAUGGUUCAGCUGGCUUUGACUCUGGAGCAGGAACUUCUGGACAGAGCUACUGGCGAGGUGGCCCUACUGUUGACCCAGAGGAACUCUUUAGGAAGAUCUUUGGGGAGUUUUCAGGAUCUUCAUUUGGAGAUUUCCAAAGUGUAUUUGAUCAGCCUCAGGAGUACAUCAUGGAAUUGACAUUCAUUCAAGCUGCAAAGGGUGUUAACAAAGAAUUUACUGUGAACAUUAAUGACUCAUGUGAGCGAUGUGAUGGCAAAGGAAAUGAACCUGGCACCAAAGUUCAGCAGUGCCAUUACUGUGGUGGCACCGGAAUGGAAACCAUAAAUACAGGCCCUUUUGUGAUGCGUUCCACAUGUAGACGAUGUGGAGGCCGUGGAUCCAUAAUAACUACUCCUUGUGUAGUAUGUAGGGGAACAGGACAAGCCAAACAGAAGAAGAAGGUCGUCGUCCCAGUACCUGCAGGAGUGGAGGAUGGCCAGACUGUUAGAAUGCCUGUAGGGAAAAAAGAAAUUUUCAUAACAUUCAAGGUUCAGAGAAGUCCUGUGUUUAGGAGGGAUGGAGCAGAUAUCCACUCAGACCUCUUUAUUUCUGUAGCUCAAGCUGUCCUUGGUGGGACAGCCAGAACUCAGGGGCUAUAUGAGACAAUCAAUGUCACGAUCCCUCCUGGGGUACAGGUUGACCAAAAACUUCGAAUGAGUGGGAAAGGCAUCCCCCGGAUUAAUAGCUAUGGCUAUGGUGACCACUACAUUCAUCUAAAGGUUAGAAUUCCCAGAAGACUGACAAGCAGGCAGCAAAGCUUGAUGCUCAGCUAUGCAGAGGACGAGACUGAUGUGGAAGGGACAGUAAAUGGUGUCACAAAUACAGCUACUGGUGGCAGCACCAUGGAUAGCUCUGCCAGAGGCAGAGCUAGGCCUGAGGCUGGGGAGAGCAAGGAGGGAUUCCUUUCCAAACUUAAGAAAAUGUUUAUAUCCUGAUAUCCCAGGCGAGGCAAACGGUCCACUGGAAACUAGAGAGAGGAAGUUGCAGGAACACUGUCUGUUCGAUUGGAAAAUGUAAGGACUGCAGAUCAAUAGCACAGCAGCUGCAUGCAGAGGCUCUCUGACAUACUUCAGCAACAGUAAAAUCAUGUGACAAAUUUCCCAUUAGAAUAGGGUUACCAGUGGAUGGACUUAUCAGUAAGAUAUGCCUUAACUCUAAGAUAGACCCUGAUAUCUUAACAGAUGAUACGGAUUUCCUGUCCAUGGGAACGUAACCCAAAUCCUUCUGACUCUGCACAUAGUAGAACAAUUACAUACUACUUAUGGAGCCAAAAUUGUAAUUUGGAGUUGGAUGUGGUGGGAAUUGUACCUAUGAAACUUAAAAAGAAAAAGGAAAUAAAACACAAAACCUCUGCCCACGGCUUAAAAUGAAGCCUUAAGCUCCAUAUGGCUGUAAACUAAUUAACUUUUCACUGAGGAAUUGCCCAAGUGAAUCCAUCCCUAUAGGCUUUCUUCUCUAGGAGCCUGUGCUCACCAUGCCUUGACAGUGUCCUUUUCCUUCUAAAAGGUUAUGUCAAGAGCUAUUUAAUUUCUUCCUUCAUCACAACCACUUCUGUGUGUCAUUGUUUUCAAAAUCCUGGGAGUACAGUGCAUCUUGUAAAGUAAGCACUUUGGUUGUGGUAAAGGCAUCUAAUGAUCUAAGAAGAUUAAUGGAGGGUUGGGGGUGGUGGUUAAAUGUAUUGACUAUAGGACAUAAUGAUCAUUAUAGAGUUGUCCUUACAAAGGUAACCUGUCAUCCCUCCCACUUCAGUUUUGUCAUUUAAAGCCAGACUUCAAGCCUACCAUAAUGCCCUUGUAUCAAGUCAUAUUAUAUCCCAUGUCCCCAAGUGGAUAGAGUUCAGCUGUUCCAUUCAAACUGCGCUCUUGCCAACCAUGGUUCUUGGAUUACUGUCUUUACAUUGUUGGCAUCAUCAGAAAAGUAUCUUUAAAUUAUUUGACUCUUAAAAAUCAUUGUCUCUUCAUGUACAAGUGUUUGGUUUUUAAAAAAUAGUAAUCUAACCAGUUUCAAGUUUUCAAGUUACCCUAUAGCAAAGUGUACUGUUAACAAAGUAGCCACAGCUUUAUUUGAAUAUUAUGGCUUCUGAGUAUUAAAAGAAAUACUUAUGUUAAAAGUCAGGCAGGUUAAUGAAGAAUGUUUCUGAAUGGUUCCACUUUAUUUCAUUUUUAAUUUGCUUAAAAUAAAGCCACUAUUAAUGUCUAAUUUAAAACAUGUAAAGUGAUUCUGUAUCAAUGUAAAUAAGAUAAUCUGCUGCAAAAAGAUACUUGAAAACCUUA